AUGCUAUUAGCUAGCCUUUUUGCCCUUCUUUUCAUCGCCACCACCACCUCUGGCCAAAAUGAUGGGCAACGUUUCCAAAGCAUGCUAAAAGGGUUUUUCAAGCUGUCAGCGAACUAUCCAUUGACCCCCGCAUGGCGAUCUAACUACAACCAGCGAUCCGUCAUCUAUCGCAUGAAGGAUCGGACAGAAUAUUCGGCCAACCAUAAAAUUCUAAACGACGUUUUUGAAUCCGACAUGGUGCUGACCCCAUAUCAGAUGGAGGACGUUAUCGAUACUUUUCGUGCAAGGGUUGAGGGGCGACCAAAAAGGGUAAAAAGAAACGCAGCGGCGGUGAAUGAAAAACUCCGCUGGCCCAACAGAACGAUUCCUUUUGAGUUCAAAGAUCGAAAAGAUGGCAAAUGGGUCACCCUAUUAAUGUCUGGUAUGGAAAAAUGGUCUCGUGAGACUUGCAUAAAAUUUGUCCCCCACUCCAACGAACGCGAUUUUGUGACGUUUUUCCGAGGAGGCGGCUGUUAUUCGAACGUCGGCCGCACCGGCGGUAAACAGUACAUCUCCAUCGGAUUUGGCUGUGAUGGGAGUGGGAUUGUGGCUCACGAACUUGGUCAUGCGAUCGGCUUCUGGCACGAGCAGAGCAGGCCGGAUCGCGAUGAGUACAUCAACCUCAACAAUGACAACAUCAUCAAAGGUACCUAUGGAAAUUUCGAGAAACGCACUGAUCUCGAUACAGCCGAUGUACCAUACGACUUUGGUUCGGUGAUGCAUUAUGGUCCACAAGCGUUCACGAACAAUUGGAAUUAUGUGACGAUUGAGACGAAAGAUCAUCGCUUCCAGCACACGAUCGGCCAAAGGGCCGAUAUCUCCUUCAUUGACGUCAAGCACGCGAAUCGGCUGUAUUGCUCCGGAAUUUGCCAAGUUAAUCUACACUGCCUGAACGGAGGCUAUGAAGAUCCACUCAAUUGUCAAACGUGUAAAUGCCCACCAGGACUCGGAGGGCAACGAUGCGGCCAUGUCGCGGUUAGUACCGCUGGAUGCGGGGGUGAGUUGAUUGCCGGAGCAACGUGGAAUCUGUUGACGUCAAGACAAAUUGGGACCUGUCAUUGGAGGAUUUUGGCGCCACUUGGGCAAAAGAUUCGCUUCGAGAUCAUCGAGGCCAAAUAUAAGUGCGAUUCGUCUUGCGCCGAGAAUUACCUGGAAAUCAAACACCAGCGCGACAUGCAACAAACUGGCUUCCGGCAGUGCUGCAAUGCAGCACCUGGGGUCAUCGUCUCGGAGGGAAAUCAAGUCAUCAUCACAUCUGUUGCCAAGGACAAACAGCCGAAUUUUAGCAUUCGAUACAUUCUAGAGCAAGCCUAUUUGCCAAAACCCCCGGUGGCCAACUGGGAGGGCCAGGGUGGACUCACCGGACUCCUAGGGCAAGAAGCCGGCAUCGACAACACAUUCGAGAACUACCUGGUUAAGGAACUGCCAACGGUCCUUAGGGCCACCGGCCCACGCGCAGAUAUUGGCAGUUUUUUCAACUUGGUCGACAGUCUCCUUCGGGCCGGGAGUGGCAAGAAGAAA